AUGAUAUUGGUUUGUUUUCCAUUUUCCACUACCUCAUCAGUUAGCUUUGUGCUUUGAAAGUUCCAUUUUCAAGUUUCCAAUCUGAGAAAAACAAUAAUGGCAGAGUCGUCGCCGGUACGUUUUGGCAUAUUAGGUUGCGCUAACAUAGCUCGUAAAGUAUCACGCGCCAUCGCACUUGCUCCAAACGCCACUAUCUCCGCCGUCGGCAGCCGUUCGAUCGAAAAAGCGACGGCGUACGCCAAGGAAAACGGGUAUCCGUCAACGACGAAGAUUUACGGCAGUUAUGAGGCGGUUCUGGAUGAUCCGGAAGUGGAUGCCGUUUAUGUUCCUCUUCCGACGAGCCUGCAUGUGAAGUGGGCCGUGUUGGCGGCCCAGAAGAAGAAGCAUGUUUUGCUGGAAAAGCCUGUUGCGUUAAGCGUGAAGGAGCUGGAUGUGAUACUGGAGGAGUGUGAAUCGAAUGGGGUGCAGUACAUGGAUGCUACUAUGUGGAUGCAUCAUCCGCGUACUGCUAAGAUGAAAGAGUUCCUCUCUGAUUCUCAGCGUUUUGGACAACUCAAAUCGGUACAUAGCACAUUUGCUUAUCUUGGUGACACUGAGUUUCUUGAGAAUAACAUUCGUGUGAAGUCCGAUCUUGAUGCUCUUGGUGCUCUAGGUGAUGCUGGUUGGUACAGUAUUCGGGCAAUCUUGUGGAGUAGUGAUUAUGAAUUGCCAAAAACAGUGACAGCUCUGCGUGAUCCAGAAUUUAAUGAAGCUGGAGUUAUCCUAUCUUGUGGCGCUUCUUUGAGUUGGAAAGACGGAAGGGUAGCAACUUUUUAUUGUUCGUUUUUAGCCAAUAUGGCCAUGGAUAUCGUUGCUAGUGGAUCCAAAGGGAAUCUGCGGGUCCAUGACUUUGUAAUUCCAUUUCAAGAAAAUGUUGCUCCAUUUUACACUGUGGAAGGUUCGUGGUUUGGUGAACUUGCUACAUCGAUUCAUCCUGCACCAAGUGAGCAUCAAGUCAAUACAGAUCUUCCUCAAGAGGCUUUGAUGGUAAAGGAGUUUUCAAACCUGGUUGGGAGUAUCAAAGGGAAAGGUUCUAAACCUGAAAAGAAGUGGCCAACGAUUAGUAGAAAGACACAACUUGUGGUGGAUGCUGUCAAGGCAUCAAUUGAGAAAGGUUUCGUUCCCGUUGAGAUCAUCUAUUAACUAGUGUUGUUGUAACUGAAUGUUGUAUUUCUGAAUAAGACUUGCAGUCUCAGUUUGUUCAGAGUGUGUAUGUAAUAUGGUUGUUUGGAAAUGAAUUGGCCGAGCUAGUUUGAACAA